AUGACUCAUCAACAUAAUCAUCAUCAUCAUCGUGGAAGACCAAGUGUUUACAAUCAUUAUAAUGAUCAAUCAAAUAGGCAUUCUAGUCAAUCUGUUAAUCAUACUUUACUUACAAAUGGUGACUCACUCGAACAUCACGAUCAACAAUCGAACAUUUAUUUUCAACAACAUGCUAAUCAUCAUCACAAUCGUGUACCUCCUCCAUGUUCUUCAAACUUACAUCCUAUUGAUUCACCUUCAUAUACUUCUCGACGUGGACGUGACGAUUAUGAAGAUAAUGAAGGUUUUGCAACAGUCAAGUCAAAAAAACAUAAACAAUCCAAUCGUUCGUCUAGAAAUGAUGAUGAUGUUGCUGAUGUUAAUCAACAACUCAACCAACACAAUUCUCGUUCUCCUGCCUCGCCACAACAAUUUACUUCAAACCCUCCUCCACAUAAUUAUCCAACUCGUUAUCAACAAAAUCAAAGGUUUCAUCAGCUAUCUCCUACAAAUAAUACAAGAAAUGCUUUACAUAAUGCUUCGAUCAUCAACGAUAGUCAACAAGUUUCUUCACCUCGUCAACGACCUCAACAAUAUAGUAUAUCAACAGCUGCUACUCGUUAUGCACAAACUCGUUUUCCCUUCUCUCCUUUUACAAUACGCUUUUCUUCUGGUAGCGUAAAAGCUAAACAAGUAGCUGAUGAACUCGUUCAACACUUUACGAAUAACCACCAAUUUGAUCUUCAACUUACUAAUAUACGUCUGUCCACCACGAAAUGCACCCAGCUUGAUUAUGAUUUUCUUAUUUAUGUUAAAAAUGCUGAUUCUUUUUGUGCUUUAUAUUUGCAGGAUAAAUGGCCUCAUGUUAUUGGUGAUCAACGUUAUACGUUUCUAUCACCACCCUCUUUUCCAGCUCAACUCUCUCUGGUGGUAAGAAAUGUAGAUCUUCGAAUGAACGUACAUGAACUUACUGAUGAAUUAAAAAUCGAUCAUCCCGAAAUACAUAAUGUUAUUCGUUUAAAAAAUAAGUUCCAAAAUGAAAUUAAAAUGUUAAAAAUUGAAAUUCUAUCAACAACAGUUCGUGAAGAAUUACUUAAAGAAAAAAGAAUUAAAGUUAUGCGAAUGGUCUAUGAUAUUGAUGAAUAUCUUAGUCCAGCGGAUGUUCUUAUAUGCUCGCGAUGCUGUGGCAUCGGCCAUUUUAAACGUCAAUGUCAAGAACUUAAUGAAACUUGUAGAACAUGUGGUAUUAAUUGUCCGGAUCUUCGUCAACAUACUUGCUCUAAUGAAAUCAAAUGUGUUCAUUGUGGCGGUUCUCAUGCUUCCAACUCGCUUCGUUGUGUCGUUGUAAAAGAUUAUCGAGCUGCACUUACUAAGAAACUGUUAUCGACAAAUAUUCAAGCAAACAAAAAUUAUAAUUACGUACAUGAUCCUGCACUUUAUCCUUCUCUUCAACUACCACAAGGAACAACUUUACCAUCAUCUUAUGCUGCGUCUAACCAGAAAAUCGAAGAAUUAUUAUCCGGUAUGAAUGAAAUGAAAUUUAUGUUAAAUCGUUUAUGUUCGAAAGAAAAGGAAUUUAAUGAUUUUAUGGUAAGUAAAAACAAGAAUGACGAGCUGAUGUUAGAAAAGAUUGAACGUAUAAUCACAAAUGACAAAAUUACGAAAGAAGCUUGUGACAACAAUGAUAAAUUAAUUAAAAGAUUGAUUCUUCCAACAUUAGAUUUAAUCUCAAAUUUUCUUGUUCAAACUAAUCCUAAAGCUACUGGAAAUGUUGUCACUGAAUUCAAAUCUCAAAUUCAUAUUAAACGUGCAUUAAUUGAUCAAAUUAUCUCAGGUAAAAAAAUUUCUUUAUGA